AUGCAUCUUCGCAGGAAGGCCGCACUAGUUGCGCUGCCAGUGUUGCUCCACCCUGUGCUGGCUCAGAAAGUUGUGGGCUUGACCGGUGAUGGCUGGACGGUUAGCAGUAAAGCUCUGAAUAUCUCAGUUCCCGGCAAGCUCCCUUCGCAGGUGCACUUGGAUCUCUAUGCAGCAAAGGUCAUUGAUGAUCCAUAUCAUGGCCUCAACGACUUUCACCAGCGCUGGAUCUGCAACAACAACUGGACCUACACAAGUCAUCCCCUGACUGAUUUGUCUGCCAAUGCGAAAUCAUCUUGGCUUGUUUUCAAUGGUCUUGACACCUUCACGACCAUCGAGGUUUGCGGGCAAAUUAUUGGCACAACCGAUAAUCAAUUCCGUCAAUAUGCUUUCGACAUUUCCAUGGCUCUUGAAAGCUGCAAAGGUGAUCCAACGUUGGACUUGAACUUUGGCAGUGCUCCCGAAAUCGCAGAUGCGAUCGCCAACGAUCCGGACUCUGAACAGUGGCCUUAUGGCCCACAACAGAUCUUUGAAUUCCCUAAUCGCUGGUACAUCCGGAAGGAGCAGUCUGAUUUCGGAUGGGACUGGGGUCCGGCGUUUGCCCCGGCUGGUCCUUGGAGAGAUGCCUACCUUGUGCAGUUUAAAAACGAGGAGAGUGUCUAUGUCCUCAACACUGAUCUAGACAUCUUUCGCAAGGGGCAGAUCAAUCACCUUGCUCCGGAUCAGAGCCAGCCUUGGGUCGUAAAUGCGAGCAUCGACUUCCUCGGUUCGCUUCCACAAAAGUCUUCGAUGACCAUUGAGAUCAAAGAUGUUGAAUCUGGGAAGACCCUCAAGACCAGCUCUCUUGAGGAUGUCUCAAUCUCCAGGCAGACUAUCACUGGAUGCGUGACAGUCGACGCCAACACACCAAACCUCUGGUGGCCAAGUGGUCUAGGCAAGCAGAACCUGUAUAAUGUGACCGUCAGUAUCCAGGAUAGCAAGCAACAAACUUUAGUCAAUGUGACUAGGCGGACUGGAUUCCGCACUAUCUUCUUGAAUCGACUUAACAUUACCGAUGAUCAGCUUGCCAAGGGCAUUGCGCCGGGUGCGAACUGGCAUUUCGAAGUCAAUGGCCGCGAGUUCUAUGCGAAAGGAUCAAAUUUCAUUCCUCCGGAUGCAUUUUGGCCCCGUGUCACUGAAGAAAGGAUGAAACAGCUUUUCAAUGCAGUUGUGGCUGGCAACCAAAACAUGCUUCGUGUGUGGGCCUCUGGUGCCUACCUCCCAGAUUUUAUCUAUGAUAUUGCGGAUGAGCAGGGAGUUCUACUCUGGAGCGAAUUCCAAUUCAGCGAUGCUGUUUACCCAUCUGAUGAGACAUUCCUGGAGAAUGUUGCAGCCGAAGUCACGUACAAUGUGAGACGGGUUAAUCACCACCCAUCGUUGGCUCUAUGGGCAGGUGGAAAUGAACUCGAAAGCUUGGAGCUGCCUCUCAUCCAGGACGCAGCGCCAGAUAGAUACUCGUUCUAUGUUGGCGAGUAUGAGAAGCUUUUUAUCACCUUGAUUCUGCCUCUCGUUUACGAGAACUCACGGUCGAUCUCCUACAUGCCCAGCAGCACAAACAAUGGCUUCCUCUACAUUGAUUUGUCUGCUCCGAUCCCGAUGGCCGAACGCUACGACAACACCACCAGCGGCCACUAUUACUCGGAUACAGAUCACUACAACUAUGACAGCAGUGUUGCUUUUGACUUCGGCAGCUACCCAGUCGGCCGAUUUGCCAAUGAAUUUGGCUAUCACAGCAUGCCGAGUCUGCAGACUUGGCAACAGGCGCUGGACCCGGAAGAUCUUCACUUUAACAGCAGCACUGUCGUGCUUCGCAAUCACCACUAUCCGCCUGGUACGACUGAUACUCAUAACUUCAAAAACUCCUCCAAAGGUAUGGGUGAAAUGACUGUGGCCGUUGAGCGCUAUUAUCCGAUCCCCCACAAGCAUGACUCGGUUGAGCAAUUCAGCGCCUGGUGUCAUGCGACUCAGUUGUUCCAAGCCGAUAUGUAUAAGUCCCAAAUUAUGUUCUACCGCCGUGGCAGUGGUAUGCCUGAACGCCAGCUUGGAUCUCUCUACUGGCAGCUUGAGGAUAUUUGGCAGGCACCCACUUGGGCGGGUAUCGAGUAUGAUGGUCGCUGGAAGGUUCUGCACUACGUGGCUCGCGAUAUCUAUCAGCCCAUCAUUGUCUCUCCAUUCUGGAACUAUACAACCGGUGACCUGUCUAUCUACGUUACUUCUGACCUAUGGGAAACUGCCCGUGGCUGGGUCAACCUCACCUGGGUUGACCUGUCUGGAAAGCCUAUCCCCGGUAAUGCGGGCACGCCACCAAGCAAGCAAUUCACCGUUGGCGCGCUCAACGCCACCAAGAUCUACGAGACGAACACCGCGAAGCUGUCUAUCCCCGAUAAAACUAACGCUGUUCUUGUCUUGUCGUUGACUGCUCGUGGUCACCUUCCCAACUCGCAGACUGUCUCCACCUUUGCCCACCGCAAUAAGGUCACUACAGUCUUCCCGAACAAACUAUCCCUUCUGGACCCGAAGCUUCUUCUCUCGCACGAUUCAGCUACUGGUACUUUCACUGUAGAGGCCAAGGGCGGUAUCUCGCUCUACACUUGGCUCGACUAUCCCGCCGGUGUUGUCGGAUACUUCGACGACAAUGCCUUCACCCUAGUUCCAGGAGAGAAGAAGACGGUUCGCUUCACUGCUCAAAAGGAUGAGACCGGCAGGACAUGGGCCCAGGGGGUGACGGUUCGCAGCUUAUGGGAUCAAACAACAAAUUAG